AUGAAUAGAAUGGUAGAAAAAUUCAACAGAACUAUAGGUGAAUGUUUGCUGCUACAUGGAAGACAAGCAAUCUUACCAAUUGACCUAAAAGUAUUGACCUAUAAUGAGGAAGAAAAAGAUGCAUUACUUAAGCGGACUCAAGAGAUCAUGGAAAAUAAUGAUGCUUAUGAGAUACAACAGCAAAUUAAGAUACAACAAGCAAAGCGAAAACAGAAAAAUGUAUCUGAAAAAUUUAAGAUUGGAAACAAAGUCCUGUUGCACCAAACGCAUUUAGAAAAUAACUUUUCAGCAAAAUUAGAGGCGAAGUGGAUUAGACCGUACUUUAUCCAUGAAGUUUAUAAGAAAAAUAACUAUAAGUUGCAAAUACUUGAAGAAAAGUUAUUAAAAAAUUCAGUAUAUGAGAAUAGGCUUAAGAUGUAUUAUGAGGAAACGCUUGAACCAUAG